GGAGUUUAAACCGCAGCAAGCGCGUAACCGGGCGCGGCGCGACGUCUCCGGUGUUGGUUCGGCUCCUUCAACGUGGCCCGUUUCUGUCGGACCGACGCUGGAGCAGUGACGGAAGCGCGUUUCACCGUCAGCGGAUUAUCAAAGAUCAACACGUCGACGGACUCAGGAUCAGCUCCCCCCUCUCUCUUCAUUAUGGCUGAUCAUGUGGGCAAAUUCAACUUUGCCAUUGACCGCGGCGGCACCUUCACCGACGUGUUUGCUCAGCUGCCUGACGGUCGCGAGCGGGUCCUGAAACUCUUGUCCUGGGACCCUCAGAACUACAACGACGCCCCGACCGAGGGCAUCCGCAGAGUCCUGGAAGAGGAAACGGGCAAGGUGUUUCCUCGAGAGCAGCCCGUGGACACGUCUCUGAUCGGCUGGAUCCGAAUGGGCACGACGGUGGCGACCAACGCUCUGCUGGAGAGGAAGGGCGAAAGGGCCGCCCUCCUGGUCACCAAGGGAUUCAAGGACCUGCUGCACAUUGGUACACAAGCCAGGCCCAAGCUCUUUGAUUUGGAGGUGGCUGUGCCUGACGUCGUCUAUGAGGAGGUGGUGGAGGUGGACGAGCGAGUCGUUCUGGUGCAGGACGGCUGCCGUCUGCCCAGGAAGGACCCCAAACGCAUCGUCACAGGCAGCACCGGCGAUGCUCUGGAGCUGUGGAGGGACCUGGAUUUGGAGCGGGUUGAGGACGACCUGAGAGGAGUCCUGUCCCGCGGCAUCCGCAGCCUGGCCGUGCUCCUGCUGCACUCGUACACGUGGUCUGAUCACGAGAAGGCCGUGGGCGCUCUGGCUCGGCGGCUGGGCUUCACCCAGGUGUCUCUGUCCAGCGAGGUCAUGCCCAUGGUGCGGGCGGUGCCUCGGGGCUACACGGUCUGUGCUGACGCCUACCUCACCCCCAAAAUCCGCCAGUAUUUAAAAGGCUUCACCUCCGGCUUCAAGGAUUGUCUUAAGGAUGUGGACGUCCUGUUCAUGCAGUCCGAUGGAGGCCUGACUCCCAUGGACCAGUUCUGUGGCUCCCGAGCCGUUCUCUCUGGCCCGGCGGGAGGCGUGGUGGGAUACGCCGUUACCUCCUACAGCCGCUCGGAGGAGAACCCCGUGAUUGGCUUUGACAUGGGAGGAACGUCCACCGAUGUGAGCCGGUACGCGGGCCAGUACGAACACGUCUUCGAGGCUACCACAGCCGGAGUCACCUUGCAGGCGCCGCAGCUGGACAUAAACACUGUGGCUGCAGGCGGAGGGUCCCGGCUCUUCUUCAGAUCUGGGAUGUUUGUGGUUGGACCAGAGUCUGCAGGUGCACAUCCAGGACCAGCCUGUUACAGAAAAGGUGGGCCUCUUACUGUAACCGAUGCUAACCUCGCCCUGGGCCGCCUGCUGCCUGCCUUCUUCCCAAAGAUCUUUGGUCCUGGGGAGGACGAACCCUUGUGUUUGGAGGAGACCAUGAACCACUUCCGCCUUCUCACCCAGGAGAUCAACGCGUUCUUGUCUUCUAACCAGUCGCAGGCCGCAAACCAUUCAGACAACAGCCCAUCAGAGAUGAGCGUGGAGGAGGUGGCCAUGGGUUUCAUUCGAGUCGCUAACGAGGCCAUGUGCCGACCAAUCAGAGCUCUCACGCAGGCUAAGGGCCAUGACACCUCUCGCCAUGUGUUGGCAUGUUUCGGGGGCGCCGGGGGGCAGCAUGCCUGUGCCAUAGCCCGAUCCCUGGGGAUGAAGACCGUCUUCAUUCAUAAGUACAGCGGCGUGCUGUCGGCCUACGGUCUGGCUCUAGCCGACGUCGUGGAGGAGGUGCAGGAGCCGUGCUCGCUGCGGUACGAGCCGCGCUGUUUCCCGGAGCUCGACCGUCGGGUUGAGGAUCUGUCCGAACGCUGCCACCACACGCUCCGUGCACGCGGGUUCAGCGGCUCCCAGAUAAGCACCCAGGUUUUCCUCCACAUGCGCUACGAGGGAACCGACUGCGCUCUCAUGGUUACGGCUGCCGGGAACCGCGGCGACGCUCAGUCCUGUCGAGCUGGCGACUUCCGCAGCGCCUUCACCAAACGUUACCUGAAGGAGUUUGGAUUCACCAUCCCAGACAGACCCAUCAUGGUUGAUGACAUCAGAGUGAGGGGUUGUGGCAAAUCUGGCAUCAAAUCAGCGUACGCGAUAAACAGCAGACUUGGACAGGCCAAACCCGUCAUGGUAACCAAGUGCUACUUUGAGGAUGGAUACCUGGACACGAAGGUGUAUCUGUGGGAGGAGCUGCCGUGCGGUCACAGCAUCCAGGGACCAGCCGUCAUCAUUGACAAAAACAGCACCAUUCUGGUGGAGCCCUGCUGUGAGGCCCACCUGACAGAAGAGGGCGACGUUUGCAUGACGGUCGGCUCGGAUCCUCACUGUGCGCUCGGCACCGAGCUCAACACGGUGCAACUCUCCAUCUUCUCUCACCGCUUCAUGAGCAUAGCAGAGCAGAUGGGCCGAGUCCUGCAGAGGACCUCAAUCUCCACAAACAUCAAGGAGCGCCUUGACUUCUCCUGCGCUGUAUUUGGACCCGAUGGUGGUCUGGUGUCCAAUGCGCCUCACAUCCCUGUCCAUCUGGGUGCAAUGCAAGAAACUGUCCAGUACCAAAUCAGAUCAUUGGAGAGCGAGUUAAAAGAAGGGGAUGUGAUCCUCAGUAACCAUCCGUGUGCUGGAGGCAGUCACCUUCCAGACCUCACCGUCAUCACACCAGUAUUUAGAAAAGGGGUGAGGGGUCCAGUGUUCUUCGUAGCCAGCAGGGGGCAUCACGCUGACAUCGGUGGCAUAACUCCAGGCUCCAUGCCCCCCCACUCCACCAGUCUUCAGCAGGAGGGUGCCGUCUUCACGUCCUUCAAACUCGUGACCGGUGGGAUCUUCCAAGAAGAAGCUGUUACUGAGGCUCUGAUGGCCCCGGCCCAGUACCCAGACUGCUCCGGGACUCGUAACCUCCAUGACAACCUGUCAGACCUACGGGCUCAGGUGGCAGCCAAUCAGAGAGGCAGCCAGCUGGUGGAGGAGUUGAUUGACAGCUACGGCCUGGCUGUGGUCCAGGCCUACAUGGGAUACAUUCAGAGUAACGCGGAGCUGGCAGUGAGGGACAUGCUCAGAGAGUUUGCCCGUCGGCGAAAGCAGCUGACCGGCUCCUUGGAGGUGGAGGCGGAGGAUUUCAUGGACGACGGGACGCCGAUCAGACUGCGGGUCCAGAUUGACGAAAGCGAGGGCAGUGCAGUGUUUGACUUCACGGGAACGGGAACAGAGGUCUGGGGGAACUGCAACGCUCCGCGGGCCAUCACGCUCUCUGCUCUCAUCUAUUGCCUGCGGUGCAUGGUUGGACAGGACAUCCCCCUCAAUCAGGGUUGUCUCACACCGAUCAGCGUCAUCAUCCCCCCUGGCUCGAUUCUCCAACCUUCCCCAAAUGCAGCGGUGGUCGGAGGAAACGUCCUCACAUCCCAGAGAGUGGUGGACGUCAUCUUCAGGGCGUUUGAGGUGUGCGCCGCUUCACAGGGCUGCAUGAACAACAUUUCAUUUGGCAAUGAGAAGGUUGGUUACUAUGAAACGGUAGCUGGAGGCACCGGGGCGGGACCGGGCUGGAACGGGAGGAGUGGAGUCCACAGUCACAUGACCAACACCCGCAUCACAGACCCAGAGAUUCUGGAGAAAAGGUAUCCUGUGAUUUUGGAGGAGUUUUCUUUGCGGCCCGGUUCAGGAGGAGCAGGAAAAUACCGCGGUGGCGACGGCGUGGUCCGCAAACUCUUGUUUAGGAAUAAUGUGAUUCUGUCUGUACUGACUGAGAGACGAUCCACCCGCCCCUACGGCCUCCAGGGAGGUGAGGAUGGUGCCGCUGGGUUGAACCUGCUUCACAGAGCAGAGGGCCGAGUUCUGAACCUGGGAGCCAAAACCAGUGUCAGCCUUCAGCCUGGGGACAUGUUCUGCCUCUACACCCCUGGAGGUGGAGGAUAUGGAGGAGAAGGCGAAGGGAACCCAAAACCUCAGACCAAGCGCAGGCGCUUGAAUGACACUUUUUCCGAGAAAGGAAGCGUCUUUGACUUCAGACUGGCACAAGAGGGAGUGUGACAGGUCGAGAGAGGUCACAAAAAGAGAGAAUACUGUGACACAGACAAAAGCGUUCUUCAAAAUGAGGGAGAGAAUAAACUGAAAGUGAUCGUCUUAAUGUAGUGGAAAAAUACAUUCCAGGCCUAUUUGACAAUUGAAAUGUUUUGUAAGUUCUAAUGAUAAUGUGAAGCAAGUGUCAGUGUUUUAACUGGAGCAAGCACUUAACUAACAAAUCAACCUCACUAAACUAUUACAUUUAUUUUGCUAUUUCCAGAGAACAAACUAAAAUCUAAUUUCUACUGA